AGCCGACGCUAGUUUUUUGAAGCAGACCUCUCAAAGCGAGGUCCUUGCUAAACAGUGACUCUCCCCUCCGCGGCCAAUGAAAUCUGCGGCUCACUGGAGGUGGGCGUGAAAAGUUGGAAACCAGGAACCAAGCAAAAGAGUCAGGUGCUGUCGUUAGAGACUUGGGCACGUUUUAUAAUUAAUAAAGCGAAACAUCUCCUUUUCAAAGAUUCAUGUAAAACGCCCAGUUUAAAGUCUGAAGACUCCGAGCUCUGCGGCGGCACGGCAGAGAUUGACACGGAGCCCACACACGGAGUCGGUGGCCGGGAGCAGUAGAGUCAGCGAUGGCCGGUGAAGUUUCAGGAGUGUCCACUGUCUUGGACGAAGCUCGUCGGGUGUACCGAGAGACGUUUGGGGGUCAGGAGCCGACUGUGGCAGCAUGCGCACCCGGGAGGGUCAAUCUCAUUGGCGAGCACACGGAUUACAACCAGGGAUUUGUGCUGCCGAUGGCUUUGCCCCUGGUAACCGUGAUGGUGGGUAGUCAGACCUCUGACCGCAGCGUUUCCAUAGUGACGGUAGCUGAGGGGGCCGAUGACCCGCAGCGGGUGGACUUUGAUUUAUCUAGUUCUAAUGCCCUGACCCCUGGACAGCCCAAAUGGGCCAACUAUGUCAAGGGAGUCUUCCAGCACUACAGAGCUGGGCCCCUGUGUGGAUUGAGAGCUGUGAUAGCCAGCAGUGUGCCACUGGGGGGUGGACUUUCCAGUUCAGCCUCUUUGGAAGUCGCUGUUUAUACAUUCCUCCAGCAGCUCUGCCCAGAUGAUGGCGAUGACGUUGCAAAGGCGCUGGCCUGUCAGAAGGCAGAACACACUCACGCUGGAAUGCCCUGUGGCAUCAUGGACCAGUUCAUCUCGGUACUGGGCAGGGAAGGACAUGCGCUCCUAAUCGACUGCAGGUCCCUAGAGGCCACUCUUGUGCCCCUCACAGACCCCAAACUGGUUGUCCUCGUCGCCAACUCCAACGUGCGCCACUCUCUGACGGGCAGCGAGUACCCCAGCCGCAGGCGGCAGUGCGAGGAGGCCGCCGCUGGCCUGGGAAAGAGCAGUCUGCGGGAGGCCACACUGGCAGACCUGGAGCGUGCCAAGGGUCGACUGGACGGGGAGACGUACCGGCGGGCACGCCACGUGAUCGAGGAGAUCGAGCGCACCGCCCAGGCGGCGGCAGCGCUGAGGAAGGGGGAGUACCGCGAGUUUGGGAGGCUGAUGGUAGAGAGUCACAAUUCUCUCAGGGACCAGUAUGAGGUCAGCUGCCCCGAGCUGGACCAGCUGGUUUCCGCGGCGAUGGAGGUGGAGGGGGUGUACGGCAGCAGGAUGACGGGCGGGGGGUUCGGGGGGUGCACCGUCACCCUGCUGGAGGCUUCGGCUGUGGACAGAGUCAUACAGCACCUAAAGGAGCGAUACACUGGAACACCGACCUUCUACAUUACCACACCAUCAGAGGGAGCACGAGUCCUGAGCCUGUGAAUGCAACCUGCCCUGCUGUGGCUGCCAAAGCAAUAAAUCAGCAUUUGUUUUAUUAUGGAACCAUUUCUUUUUUGCCUUCACUGAAAUGCCAUUACCUGUGGCACAAUAUUAUUUUUUCUCUAGUAAUUGUGAACAUGAAAACGGACAAUAGAUCUCUUUUUAUUAGCACAGAUACAAACUCCCAGUGCAGUGGCAAACAAUGUAUUAAAUAUGAUUCAAAUACAGGUGGUCCAUAGAUGUACAGUACUAAAAUAAAGCUAACAGGCUUGAAACAUC